AUGGAAACCACUUCACCGAGACAGAAGGCAGAGGGCCUACUCCACGCAUUGGAGAAGUACGGCGAAGGCGACUAUAUCGGAGAGUCAAUCAGUCAAUUAGAGCACUGUCUGCAGGCGGCUCAUCAGGCGUCCAAAGCCGAUGCUCGUGACGAACUGGUCAUCGCUGCUUUGUUGCAUGAUGUUGGACAAAUCAUCCCUUUGCAAUCGACCAGAGAAGCACGUAUGACUCUGGGUGGGAGCACGGAGAAUGUUGGUCGGGUCGGGCAUGAGACCAUCGGCGCGUUAUACCUGAGGUCUUUGGGAUUCAGCGAGACUGUAUCACGAUUAGUGAACAGUCAUGUUUCAGCGAAGCGCUAUCUCACCGCCACAGAUAUUGGAUACUACAACUCUCUGUCCACUGCCUCGCAGAAGUCAUUAGCAUUUCAAGGAGGGCCUUUUCAGGGUGAUGCUCUCAGAGAGUUUGAAACAGACCCUCUGCGAAAGGAGAUGGUCCUCCUUAGGCUGUGGGAUGAUGCAGCUAAGGUGGAGGGGGUUGAGGCUACAACGCCUCGUGUUCAGGCAUAUCUCGACAUGAUCAUCAGGCAUCUAGAACUUCAAGUCUGA